AUGCACCAACAUCGCCCGAUGUCCCAAUAUCCCGCGCUGUUAGAACCAGCCGUCUGUCGACGUCGUCAAUUACCUCCGACUCCCGUUCAGCGUCGUAGCAGCAGUCCCCGUAUAUUACCUACGCCGCCUCCACUUUCUCCUGAUUUUCGAUGCCCUUCAGCUGCUGUGCUGUUAGAACGUCGAUCGUCUGGACGAUUACUGCCGCGACCACCGAGUACAACCAGCUCGACGGCAUCACCUACAAGCGCAGGUUAUUCACCUGAGCCACCAUCACAAGCUCCUCAAAUUCUCACGCCUGAACCCAUGAGAAGCUUGCCAGCCUAUGAAGAAAUAUUAUUGGCAACAACAUUAGCAGAAGAAGAAGCGGAAACAACAGAAGAUUAUGAGGGUGACGAGGUGAUAGAUGAAGGAGAAACACGCAUUACGGCAUCGGGUACGUCGGUCAUUGUUGUCCCAGAAUCGCCUGUCAUUCCACGGAUAGGCGAUUUCGACUCAUUCGAUCAUGUUAUGGACACUCCAGAUGGUACACGAUCUCAGUCAAGUUCACAAUCUCCAUCAAUAGAGCAGCUCACAAGUAAAUCAAUCAGUGAUUGCGAGGAUCCUGUCGUACACGGCUUAGAUCCUUCGUUAUAUGGCCCCAAUGCUCCAACAUGUGUUUCACCAUCAACUUCGGAACAUGUGCCUGCUUCGAGCUCAUUCAGUGGAUCAGAGCCUCGACCAUCUGGACUAGGACUUGUCUAUUGUACGUUACAACACUUUCCAAUCCGCAAACGUCUUCGUGUCUCGAUACUGAGGAUUGAAGCAUUAGCCGGACAGUUAAAGCCUGAGUUGGAAAUCCAUGCCAUUUGUAGAGUUUCCAUACCUGGAAUGAAAACGGGAAAAGAGCAAACAUCCGAAGUAAAACGAGGACGGGAUCCAGUUUUUAAUCAGGAAUUUUUCUUUGACAAUGUUACGCAUGAGGAUUUGGACACGAAAUCCGUUUGUGUGGCAGCUUAUCAUCAGGGAAGUGCCAAGAUAGGCAAAGACAUCUUAAUAGGCGAAGCAUUGGUUCCAUUAAGAGAGAUACGUGAAUUGAAUACGAAAAAGGAAAUACGUGUAAUUGAAGAGAUUAAACCUCAAAUACCUAAGAAGCUGGGUAAAAUAUAUAUUUCAUCAAGUAUCGAGAAAGAAGCCCGUAGAUUGACUAUAAACAUCAAGAAAGCCGAAGACCUUCCAAGAUAUAGCUUUACGGGUGCUCCAGACGUUUGUAUUAAAAUAACGAUGAGUCAGAGCAAUAGCUCGAAGACCAAGUCAUCCAGGGUUCUCAAGUCGACAACUACUGCCGUAUACAAUGAAGCCGUGAUGUUCCUGUUUGACCCAUCAAAGAAAGAGUUAUUGAAUACAAAAAUUACAAUCUCUGUCCAUGACAUGCAAAGAACAUGCACUGGUGAUGAUAUCAUUGGGUGUGCUUAUCUUGGUACCCUGGCCAUGGAUAAAUCCGAAAUGGAACAAUGGAAGAAUACAAUCGAACACAUGGGAAAAGAAUAUAAAGGAACACAUCAAUUGAAACCUCAAAACACAGCUCCACCCGUGCAUGUAGCGGAAGCCGGCGAGAAUGGAGUUGAAGAUGAAGAUUAA